GAUCGUCCCACAAAGUCGUUCACAAGCGACUACCAGCGCCCGAAAAUGAUCGCCGACUCUCCGGCGUCGAAGUUCAUCGUCAAUGAGGACUGUGAGAAGCCCCCCUGCAGCGGACAAGUACAUAUCCAGCUGGGAGGCCCAGGGGAGAUGGUCGUGGUUUUCGCGUCUCAGCCAGAGUCUGCCGCGGAGCCGCUCGUCCGCUUUGGGAAAUCUGGUGAAUCUCUGAGCUCGUCCGCAAGGGGCACGACAUCCACCUACUCACAGCUGAUGUACUGGAAUCACGCGCUUUUCGAUCCGGUGAUAGCCGGAGGGCGUGGGAUGAGCACCGAGGAGGCCGCCAAACUCAUGAGCACCGACACCUGGGCCUACGACAAAAGAACCGGAUGGAAGUAUCCCUCCUACCGUGUCAUCGGGCCGCAGCAGGUAGAGGAGGACAGGAUGGGCUGGUACAAGAAUCCUGGUGAAAGAUAUGAUUCUCCGGCCAUCCACACAGUCGUGCUCACAGGCCUUGAGCCGGGUGUGGAGUACACUUACCAGGUCGAUAACGAUGGCCGCAAGUUCAGCUUCAAGAUGCCUCAGGACGGCCAACACUAUCCCUACAAAGUGGGCCUGGCGGGCGACAUCGGUCAAACGCCAGUGUCCAACUCCAGCUUCCACCUCCUCCAGGGGCUGAAGCCCGAGUUAGUGUUGUUGACUGGCGACCUGUCGUAUGCGGACGGCUACAUUCCUCGGUGGGACUCGUACGGAAUCAUGGCCGAGCCUCUGAAUGCUCGUGUGCCAGUGAUGUCGUGCCCCGGCAACCAUGAAUACGCCUCAGCAGAAGCCUUCAAGAGCUACAAUGCGCGAUAUCCGAUGCCAUACGCGCAAUCGGGAUCUUUCGAUCCCAACUAUUGGAGCCGUGACAUCGGGCCGAUGCAUGUGGUCGCCCUCAACAGCUAUGCCGCCAGUGGCCCGGACAGCUUCCAAUUCAACUGGCUGAAGAAGGACCUGGAGGCUUUCAGCCGAAAGCGAACUCCUUGGCUGGUAGUCAUGAUGCAUGCGCCUUUCUACAACUCCAACCUGGGCCACAUUGGUGAAGCAGCAGUCAUGAUGGGCGACUUGGAGGAACUUUUCUUCAAGCACGGGGUGAACGUCGUGCUGGCGGGGCACGUUCACUCUUACGAGCGCACCUGGCCGGUCUACAAGAAUGAAACCACUGUCUGCGCGCCGGUGUACAUCAAUAUUGGCGAUGGUGGAAAUCGCGAAGGCGCCUAUGCCAAGUGGCUGCCCGGUGAGCAUGGUGCACUUGAGCCUACUUGGUCUGCAUUCCGCCAGGGAGCUUUUGGCAUGGCAGAACUAGAGCUGAGCAACGAGACCCAUGCGCAAUUUGUCUGGAAGCGCAACGCCUGCUUUGACAACGGCGAGGCUGACUUCCACCCUGAAAAUUGCUCGACCACUGGAGACAACUCCAAGAACGCGCUGAAGCAUGACGACAUCUCAUGGAUCGUGCGGAGCGCGGAAGCUUGCCCCAACCAGGCCUAG